GAGCUCAGGCACAUUUGGAGCUCAUUACACAUCUACAGAAGGAAUGUUCCCUGAGCCAGACUAUGAGAUUUUAGGAGUUGACUGUCCAGUUAGUUCAGGAGGAGAGCAGGUCAAAGAAGGAGUGAAUGAACCUGCGUAAAGAUUGGUUCGAUUGAAUAGCAUUUUCAUUAUAAAAUGGAUAUCAAGCCAGUAUUAAGGAGAUUUGGCUCUCUGGUCCGGGCCAUUCUCACAUUUCUCUUUGCUCUGCUGGUACUUGGGGUGAUGUUAUGGGCAUACAUCGAAGGUUUCCAGAUAGCCACAUCUCCAUAUAACAUCAUUUCAUUAGGUUUCUAUGGAGUGCUGCUCAGCCUCCAUGUCCUAAUUCAGAGCUUCUUUGCCUUUGUGGAGCAUAGACGCAUGAAUGCCAGACGCAAACCAUGCUCUUACACAAAAACCAUCGGCUUUACUAUAUCAGCCUAUCAGGAGGACCCUGCUUAUCUUCGUGAGUGCCUUCAGUCAGUACGGGCGCUGCAGUACCCAUCUGAGCUGCUACGCAUCAUCAUGGUGGUGGAUGGGAACUCAGAUGAUGACCGCUACAUGAUGGAGAUGUUCCGUGAGGUCUUUGCAGACCAGGAUCCUGGCUGUUAUAUAUGGCAAAACAACUAUCACUCUUGGAACCCCACUAGCAAAGAAAAGGAUGCAGCUGAAGCUGAUGCUCCCGAAGCAGAAACUUAUGCUCCAGAAGCAGUCGACGGAGUUAUGUUUGAAGACACUCAGCGCUUAGAGGUUGAAGAACUCAUCAGGACCAAGAAGUGUGUGUGCAUCAUGCAGAAAUGGGGAGGAAAGAGGGAAGUGAUGUAUACAGCAUUCAAGGCACUAGGAUCCUCUGUAGAUUAUAUACAGGUAUGUGAUUCGGACACAAAAUUAGAUCCCCUGGCCACAGCUGAGCUCUGCAAGGUGCUGGAGAGCAACCAGAAAUACGGCGCCGUGGGAGGCGAUGUGAUGAUCCUUAACCUCAAAGACUCCUAUAUCAGCUUCAUGAGCAGCCUGCGCUACUGGAUGGCAUUUAACAUUGAGAGGUCCUGCCAGUCCUUCUUCGACUGCGUCUCCUGUAUCAGCGGCCCCUUAGGUCUUUAUAGGAAUGACCUGCUGCAGCAGUUUCUGGAAUCCUGGUACAACCAGAAAUUUCUUGGCACCCACUGUACUUUCGGGGAUGAUCGUCAUCUCACUAAUCGAAUGCUAAGCAUGGGCUAUGCUACAAAGUACACUGCCCGUUCAAAGUGCUACACGGAGACUCCUGCCCAGUCUCUGCGCUGGCUCAAUCAGCAGACGCGUUGGACCAAAUCCUACUUUCGUGAAUGGCUCUAUAAUGCUAUGUGGUGGCACAAGCAUCACCUGUGGAUGACCUAUGAAUCCAUUGUGUCAGGCAUCUUUCCUUUUUUUGUCACUGCCACCAUUAUCAAGCUCUUCUGGACAGGCACUCUGUGGGACAUUUUGUGGGUCUUGUGCUGCAUCCAGUUGAUUGGACUGGUAAAGGCAACAUAUGCCUGCAUCCUACGACAGAAAGCAGUGAUGCUCUUCAUGUCCUUAUACUCUGCCCUCUAUAUGACUAGCCUCCUGCCUGCAAAAUACUUUGCCAUUAUCACCAUGAACAAAAGCAGCUGGGGGACAUCGGGCCGUCGUAAAAUGGUGGGGAAUUAUAUCCCCCUGGUACCUCUAUCAGUGUGGGCUGCCAUUUUGUUGGGAGGCCUGGUGUACACAAUCUACAGGGAAAGCAAAAUGGACUGGACAACAGAUGGAAAGAAAGAGGAGAUCAAGUUUUUGAUAUUUGGAGCUACAGCUUAUGUGUGCUACUGGCUGGUAAUGAUCUGCCUCUAUUGGAUGUGGUUUCGGAGAUUAUUCCGAAAACGCUCACAGAGUUAUACUGUGAAUGUAUAAGACAAUUAUUUGGGCACAUUUUUUAUUUAUUAAAGAACACUUGUUUUUUCUUUUCUAAAUGGUUUACAUGCAAUUUUAUUUAUGGACUGUUUUUAAACUUGCAAUUGUAUUUAUGAUUUAUUUUAAUAUUGCACAUAAUGUAUGCAAUUUACGAUGUCCACUAAGUAUUCAGAGAUUGGGAAUGACUUGAAACAACCAGUCUUUAUCAAAUAUAAUGACUACAUGAAAUGUGCAGAAAAACAUGCAUACAGAGUCAAAAUUGAUGCUGUAGGUUUUUUAAUUCAACAAACAUAGCAUUGAACCCAAAUAAUACAAAUACGUUAUUAUUAGUGAGAGAAUUUCCACUGGUUACAGUACCUGGUACU